AUGGACUUCCUCUCUCCCAAGCGUCGUAGUCUGAUUUACGGGUACGACAGCGACGAAGAUGAGGAUAUGGCUCGACUCGAAGACACGUAUCGGCAGAGCCGCAUCCAAGCUGGCCCCGAGGUAGAGGAGUUUGGGAGAUGGCUCGACGAGUGUGGUCUGACCCACGCGACACCCGACCAAAAGCGCGAUCGCAUAUUGAAGCUCGUCGCCCGCUACAACGACUAUACACAAGAGAAGGCGUCUGUGCUGACCGAGCGACGGCGCUUGGAAAAGCUGGCGAGAGGCCGGAGAUGGGAUCCCAAUCAGUCCAGCGAUGAUGCUAACGACAUGGAGGUGGACGAGGCAGAAGGCACCGACGACGUCGAUGAGGUGGCCAAAUGGGCGUCAGAAGCACAAACCUGGGGCCUGCUGUCACGACUACUACCAUUGCGACACCCGGAACCUUCAUCAAAGCCACCCAGAUCGAAUCCCACGCCGCAGUCUCGAAAGGAAUACUGGGACGAGUUUAUUCUGUCGGAUUCCGUGGCUCAGGAACGUAAGGCUGUUCUGGAGUGGCUGCAGUCCACCGCCAGCACGGGCCCUGACAUCGACGAGCUUGUCCACGAAUUCCAGCAAAAGGCAGACAGGGGAGAUCUCGUCGCGCAUGGCUGGUUGCACACUCGGGAGGCAAUAAAGCUGCACAAGAGCGUGAAUGCCAUCCCACAUGUGCUCGAACCCAACUCAAACAUGUCCGACUUUUCCUACGUCACUCAAUUGGACCCGGAUGCCAUGACUAGACAGGGCCGGAAGCUUGAGCCUCACGAUGAAUAUUUCGAGAGAGCCAUUUGGGUUGGCUGCUACCAUCUUCUACGGAGAGGAAGUUCCCUGAACGAGAUCCGCGACUGGUGCUUGGAGAGGACAGAGGCAUGGCGGGCCGCAACAAUAUCUGCCCUGCCAUUAUCAACACUUGGCGACGACGAGCUGCCAAACUUCGACCUGUCUUCCUUCAUACUUUGGCGGCGCAUGUGCUACGCGUUGGUGAAAUCGGGUGGUACGGACGAUUGGGAGCGUGCCACCUAUGGCAUCCUCUCUGGCGACAUCGACAGCGUGCUUUCUGUGUGCAAGACCUGGGAUGACUACGUUUUUGCACACUACAACGCCCUCCUUCGGACGCAGUUCGACUCGUAUCUGAUCAAACAGUGUGGGCCGGGAAUGGCGUCUUCCCAGUAUCUUCCGUCAUUCGACGCUGUGCAGUAUCUGGGUGACGGUCCAGGUGUUGCGAAAAAGUUGAUUAGUCAACUGGAGUCGGAUGGGUCACAUUUCAAGCAAGUCAACAAAGAGGCCAACACGGCAGCCAAGGCAUUACAAGGGGCGAUCAUCGCCGACACGCUCGAUACCUACAUCUAUCAACAGGGACUGGCGCUGUCAGCCGAAGCCAACCAGGAAGGAAAGUCGUACCUGAUACCAGACUACGGUUAUGGAUCGUCGGAAGGCAACAUUUUGAAAUACAAUAAGAUGUCGGAACACGACGGCUUACGGGUCAUCACGCACGUGGUCAUCAUGAUCAAUGCUCUAGAAUCCAUCGCUCAGAAAGGGAAGGAUUUCCUCCCGGGCCGCCGUGUUGUCGGGGAGCACGCCAUAGCGGCAUAUGUCAGUUUCUUGCGCCUUGCUCAGCUCGAGCUUUUGAUUCCUCUCUAUUGCGCCCAGCUUUCCGAAACUCGGCAGUACGAGACGUUAAGUCUCAACAUUAUUCAUGUGAGGGACCGGGAAGAGCAACUGGCGCUGCUCAACCAGAUUAGAAGGGUUGGCAUGGAUAUCAAGACAUUCCUCAGGGAGCAGCCGCAACACUUCCUCAAACAGCUUGAAGAUUCCCAAGGAGUUCCUGCAAAGGGUCAAUUCCGGAUUCUCAAGCACAACCUACCACAACUUCUCGACGGUCGCGGCAUUGUUCCGGAUUUCAUCGGCGAUGAUGGAAGAAAUGAGGUUGUUCACGAAAACCUGAUUAGAUCUAUGGAGUGGAUGUUUGCGGGAGAAGGUAACCUACUCGAGGCCUGCGAAUUCGGCGUCAAGAUUUACAAAUACUUCCUGAAGCACAAGCACUUGGGAGCCGCCCGCGACUUCUAUGAGAGAGUGAGAGUCGAGGAUCUCGUACAGGUCUUGGCGAACCGAGAUAUCGGAGGAUCUGUCGAGGACUUCGUCCAAGAUCUGUUGACUAAUGAGCACGCACUUUUGGGAGAAGUCCAAGAAGACGAGGCCGAGGACCUUGGCGCAAUCCAGACGCGGCUGGCUCUGGCUAUCAAGAAUAUGUGGGAACUGCAAUGCUUUGUCAUGGCUCUGGAUGGUAUCGAGACAGUGGGGACUUUGGCCCAACUCGCUCAGGAGCCCGAGACAAGCAACCCACCCAAUAGGGAGUACUUCGAAAAUCUUGGAACGGCCAUUCGCACGGCAAAGACAGGCAUGAAGCCAGUUCUGAAGGGCUGGCUGAUGGAAACCAACACCAAGGACGAGGAAUUCACCCAGUUGCGCGAGGUGUACGUUCCAGAGACGAUCAUCGCGUUUGUGGCUGCUUUGCAGUACACUGGCGGUACCCUCACCCGUGACAACAUGCUGGAGGCGAUGGAGCUGGCAGCAACCAUCGCGGGCAAGGACUCGGACAUUGCGGCACUGUUUGUGAAGACGGGACGAAUGAAGGAGCUGGUCGAGGCAUUUGCGUCGUGCAGCAAGGCGCUGGCGAUCCAUUCUGCCGACCACAAGAAAGGGACCCACACGAGCGCCAAGAAGAUGCGUGAGAUGGGAUGGUCAAGGGAGCUUUGGACGGUGAAGCCUUCUUCUUGA